AUGCGCGGGGCGAUCCCGCGGCUCAGCCUGGCGCUGCUGGCGGCGGAGCGCGGGGCGAGGCUCUGUGCCAUCACCCAUUACCUUGUCCAUGGGCAGCUGGGCUGGUUUGGGCUGACCAUGGCCUGUGUGGUGCCUGGCUAUGCCGCUCAGCUCCUCAGCAUCCUCUGGUUCCGGGCGGACGGACACCCACCCAGCUGCUGGCUCCUGGUGCUUCACCUCCUCCAGCUGGGCCUUUGGAAGCGGUACUGGGAUGUUUUGCGGAUGGCAGGCGGCAGUGCCCGUGCUGGGGAGGUGCUGACACAGCUCGGGGACGUGUGUGUGCUGCAGCUCCUGGAAGCCCUGUUGCAGACCCUGCCUCACCUCCUGCUCCAGGCCUACGUGGCUGUUGACCCAGUGGGCUUCAUCCCUGGUGUCAGCGCAGGGCUGUCCCUGCUCUCCCUCUCCUGGGCUUUGGCCUCCUACAGCCACUUCACCUGCCUGCUGAAGCCUGGCCACCUCAGCCUGCCGGCCGUGGCCAUGCUCUGCCUGCUGCUCUGGAGGACAGGGAUGCUGGGGACCAGGGUCCUGGCCCUGGUGCUCUUUGCCAGGCUCUACUCCUUUUGGGUUUUCGCUGUGGCAGGUGUCCACUGGUUGCUCAUGUCCUUCUGGCUGGUGGCCCAGCAGACAAAUAUUGUGGUCCAGCCGUGCCGCUGGAGGCUGUUUAAUGGCCUGGUGGGGGCUGUAUACAUCUUCUGCUACAUCAAUGUCCGACCUGGUCCCUCCAAGACCAGGGUGUCUGUAUUUUAUGCAAUAAUGCUGAUGGAGAACACGCUCCUGCUGCUGUUGGCCACCCGGUUCCUGCAGGCAGAGCUGAGGAACAGCCUGGGUGUGACUGGGGCUGUCAUGUCAGGGUCUGCAAUAGGUGCCACAGCUCUGGUGGUUUAUUACAGCCUGCUCCAUCCCAAGUCCACAGAGAUCUGGCAGGGAUUCCUGGAGACAUCCUGCAGUGCUGCAGCAGCGGGUGAUGAUGAGGUCUCUGGGGAGAGCUCCCAGGCUGGGCAGAGCUCAGGAAUUUCAGGAGAUGAAGAGUCCUUGUCAGGGGAAGGGACCACAGCAGAUCCAAAAACUGGGAACAGCUCAUCGCUCCUGCAAUCCAAAGGGUGUUUGGAGGACAGCUGGACAAACCAUCACCACUGGCUGCUGGUAAAGCUGGCCUUGAAGACAGGAGAUCUGUCUGUGAUCAACGCAGCCUUCGGAGAUGGUGGCGUGGGAGAGGUUUAUCCUGGAGGAUGGAUGAUGGGGAAACUCACCGGAGUUGAGCCUGGGGCAAACUUUUCUCUCCCCAUGAGGGACAUUGUUCCUCAGGAGGCUGAAUCUGGUCUGACAGUGGGGAAUGGAGGAAGCAUCAAACCCAGCACUGGCACUGCAGGAAUGGCACAGGAGGAUGGAGCAGGGCAGGACCCUGUUUUUCCCCCAUCCAUAUCCUGUCCCAGCAGCUUCUCCCCGGAUUCAGCUGAGGGCUCCUCUGUGUAUUUCACUGCCAUUGCAGGAGGCAUCACCUUGCCUGGGACAGGGACAGGCACAGGCACAACGAUGUGCAUGGCCCUGGUGCAAAAGGACAAUGAAGCCCAGGCUUCUCCAGGAUGCCUGAGAGAAGGAGGAGGAGCAGUAGGAAGAGGAGAGGGAGAGGAUUUAUCCUUUGGGAUGGCAAGCAUCAGCCCAAUCCUGGUCACUUGUGCCCACAGGCACCUGCAGAGGAGCUUUUCCCUUGGCAACACAGGCAGCUGUGGGGUGGCAGGUCCCCCCAGCGAGGGCUCAGAGGGGGCAGAGGGUGCCCUCAUGGAGUGGCAUCACCUCUGGGACAUCCACCCUUGUGGCACGCAGGGGACUGUCAGGAGGAGCAAGCUGAGGUCACCGUGCUUCACCUCCACCCCCAAGGCUGACCCUAAAUGCCCACAGCAAGGACUGGGGGAACUGGGAGAGGGGACAGACCUGUCUGGGUUGCCAGGGUGA